AUGCGAAACGCAUCGACCUCUUGGAAUGCCCGCCGGGGUUUUACCUUGGUGGAACUGCUUGUUGUGAUUGCCAUCAUUGGCGUGCUGAUCGCACUGCUUCUUCCGGCGGUCCAGCAGGCUCGUGAAGCCGCUCGUCGUAUCCAGUGCACCAACCACUUGAAGCAGGUUGGCCUGGCAAUGCACAACUACCACGACACUUACAUCAGCAAGCUGCCAUUCAACGGCGGUACCACGCAGAUGCAAUCCCCAGCCCCUUCGUUCUGGGUUCGUCUGUUGCCAUUCAUGGAACAAAGUGCUGCUUUUGAUCAGCUGAACUUCAACAACAUUGCUACUGGUGCUUACCUGACCAAUAACAUUGGCACCUCGUCGGCUCCUGGUACACUCGCCAUACUGAAUGUUGAUGGCCUGUUGUGCCCUUCGAGCCCACUGCCAGAAACGGCUGACGCUUAUCCGAAGUAUCAGUUCACCAGCUAUGUUGGUAUCGCGGGUACUUGGGGUCAGGUCAAUCAGGCUGACGGUUCGAUCGCAGCGAUCAACUCCAGCAACUUCCAGAACUACAACGGUGUUGUGAUCAACAUUGGUAACGGUGCCAGCGCUAUCGGUCUGGGUAGCAUCACCGACGGUACCAGCAACACGAUCGCCAUCGGCGAA